UUAACCGCGCAAUUAAAAUUACGAAGUAAUCUACUUGCAGAGUAGUUAAAUUCAAAUAUGUAUCACAUAGUUAACCGUCGAUAUGCAACAGAGGUUGUCUUCGAUAGAUAAUGGCCGAGAAUUUCCGAAUGGUUAUUUGUGUGGUCUUGAAUAACAGUGGGCGGAUAAUGUACACUAACAAGUUCUAACUGGUUCAGUGGCACACGGCAAGCAAGGUGAAAACUUUGUUUGUAAGAACGACAUUAAUUGUUUCAGUUUAUAGUUGUCUAUUCAUUAAAAUAUAAAUAGAGAAAAUAUCGCGCGAUUUUGUUCCGAAGGGGAGCUUACGACUAGUAUACUGAUGUCCUGACAGGAAGUUUCUAGAUUUCCUGACGUUAAGUACCAAGAUCUGCUGACGAUUAAAAUCUGUAUUUGCUGGCGAUAAAUACAUGAAUUUGCUGAAUAUUAGUAUGUGAGCUUGACAAUAAGUACCUGGAUUUUCUGGAGAUAUGGACCUAAUAUGCUGACGAUCAGUAUCUGAAAUUGUUCACGAUAAGUAACUGAAUUUGCGGACGAUUAGUUUCUGGACUUAUAUACGACAAGUUUUUGAUUCGCAUACGAUCAAUUUGGGAUUUGAUUAUGCCUACAUUGACUUGUCCCUGGAUUUGCUGACGACAAGUACUACUUGUGUCUUAAUUCAAACUAGUAUCAAGAUAAGCAUACAACUAGCGUCUGGAUUUGUUGACAACUAGUAUCAGGAUAAGCAUACAACUAGUGUUUGGAUUUGCUGACAACAAGUAUCAGGAUAAGCAUGCAACUAGUGUCUGGAUUUGCUGACAACUAGUAUCAGGAUAAGCAUACAACUAGUGUCUGGAUUUGUUGUCAACUAGUAUCAGGAUAAGCAUACAACUAGUGUCUGGAUCUACUGACAACUAGUAUCAGGAUAAGCAUACAACUAGUGUCUGGAUUUGUUGUCAACUAGUAUCAGGAUAAGCAUACAACUAGUGUCUGGAUCUACUGACAACUAGUAUCAGGAUAAGCAUACAACUAGUGUCUGGAUCUACUGACAACUAGUAUCAGGAUAAGCAUACAACUAGUGUCUGGAUCUACUGACAACUAGUAUCAGGAUAAGCAUACAACUAGUGUCUGGAUCUACUGACAACUAGUAUCAGGAUAAGCAUACAACUAGUGUCUGGAUUUGUUGUCAACUAGUAUCAGGAUAAAAUUACACCGCACUAACUAAGGACUUGUAUCAGGAUGUGUUUACUACUAGUGUCUGGAAUCGCUAAACACAAGUAUCAGGAUGUGCUAAGAACUAUUGUAUGGUGCUGAGGACUAUCACAAUUUGCUUACAACUGAAGACUGAAUGUGCUUACUUACUUGUAAGUACCAGGAUUUGCGUACAAUUGGCGUCCGGAUUUGUUAAUGUCGUGUAUCUGGAUUUAAUUAAAACUUGUAUUUAAACUUGGCAGGUUUUAUGUAGAUUGCGAACAUGGCGUUUUUCAAACACCAUUUUACUUUAAUGCUCUUAAUCACUCUUGCAAUAUGUUUACAACGGGCAAACGGAAAACUGAGUGAAAGACCUUCUCAGUGUCCCGACUCAAGACUUUGCAAGUGCUCUAGGUCAAAGAAUGGACAAUGCGAUUAUAAUUGUUAUGGAAAUAAAGUACAAAACACUUUAAGGCAUGAAACGCUACCAGAAAAUAUAAGAAAACUCCACGUCGAACGGUUUCUGUUCGAAACUCUGUCCGUUGAACAGUUUCCACCGAAUAUUAGUGUGAGAAUUUUUUAUUCUAAACAUAACAAAAUUUGGGAUAUGAAAAAUAACACAUUUUCAAAGUUCGAAUCAUUAACAGAGGUUUGGUUUUCUGGUGGAACACUAAGAAUCAAGAGACAGUUAUUAGACGCUAUUGAAAGAAUCAAAGGCGAGGUUAACCUUACACUUGCCUUUGAAAAUAUGAGACUCGACAAUUUGACGGAAUCAAGCCUGAGGUUUCAAGGUUCUGUGAAUUUAACAAAUCUUCGACUUAAUCGCAAUGACAUGGCCAAAUUAAGGCCCGAAUUGAUUAAACAUUUUCAUAACCUCAAGAAACUUUCCGUCGUAGAUAAUGCUAUAAGCAGUUUCAGUAACACAAGUACACAAUUGGAUUCCUUAACACAUCUUGAUAUAAGCAAUAACAGACUAAGUUCCAGCACAAUAAGAUUUUGUUUCGACAACGACAGUGCUCUGUUCCCAAACCUUCGAAAUUUAAACGUUGCUAAAAACUUUAUUUCUAAAAUAGAAGAAAAGUCGUGGAAAUGUUUCAAGAAGCUUAAAUAUUUAAAUUUGUCAGAUAACAAAAUACAGGUGUUUGAAAUAAACAGUAUUGGAGACUUAGUUUCCCUCGAGACGCUUGAUCUUAGUAACAACUGGAUCAACUCCAAAGAAGGUAUAAUUCCGGGCAAGUAUCCACCCCAGCUUCGCUAUCUGGAUUUGAGUGCCAACCAGUUGGUACCGUUCAUGCCAAAGAUUUGUGACCAGUCAAGCAACGACACAAUAGGAAUAACAAAAUUAAACCUCAAAUAUAACCACAUUAGUGUGCUUACACCUGAUUACACCAAAUGUCUUCGAAAUCUAACAGAACUUCAGCUAAGCAAAAAUGCUAUUAAGGAGAUAAUGAAUAAUGCAUUUGCGCAUUUUCCAAAACUAAGUAUUUUACAUAUGGACAGACAGAUUCAUGGAUUAAAAAAUGUUUCAGAAAAUGCAUUUAACAUUACGGAUCUAACAGAACUAGAUUUGAGAGGGAAUUUUUUGACAUUUAAAGAUAACAGUUUUGAAAAAAUCUUCAUUGCAUUUAAACAUGUUGAAAAACUUAACCUUACUGAUAACCAUAUCGUUAAUAAGACGGCAUUUAUCUCGACAUUAGCGCACCUUAAGAAUCUUAAAACUCUUGCACUUAGACGGGUUGGACUGAACAUAUUCCCAUAUGAACUCUUCACAACAUUUGAUAAACUUACCAAUAUUAGACUGGAUCAGAAUGCAAUUAAAGCAAUUUACUUUCCAUCUAAUAUUACAAUAAAAAGUAAAGUAAAAUUUAUAUCCGUGGGUCGGAAUUGUAUAGAAUUUCCAAACAAAAGUAGUUCUUUAUUUCCAGAGGAAGUUAUGCAUAAUUUAAAACGCUUGAACAUGGAAUAUAACUUUUUUGAUUGCUCUUGUGAUGAAAGCUCAAGAUGGUUCCGAAGUCAGAUUAAAUCAAAUACGCGUGGAGGAUUUCUUCAAAACGUGAAACUUGUUGGAUGGCCAAGCGGUUACCUUUGCCGUUCACCUCGGGAAAUGGUUGGAACACGACUGGACGAUUACCAUCUAUCAGCUAAUGACUGUCGCCCGCCAGAUCCGUACAUCCCUGCCUACAUAGGGAGUGCCUGUACAGUAUUUGUUAUUGCUGUUAUCGCCACAAUGUUCUACUGGAAUCGAUGGUACAUUCAGUACUACUGGCAUAGGCUAAAAAAGAAGUGUAAACCUGUCCGGGGUGUGUCAGAUCCCGAACGUCAGCCGCUUGUAGCACCAUUAAAUGAAAUGUACGAUGCGUACGUCAUAUAUAACCAUAAUGAUAUGAAUUUCGUUCUUAACAAUUUAAGAAGGCUAUUGGAAGAUAAAUUAAAUUACAAACUUCUUCUUUGGGACAGAGAGGGCGGUGUGGGUGGUUCUAAAACUGAUGCAUAUUUUGAGGCUAUGGAAAGAUCAAAGAACGUAAUUGUGGUUGUUUCAAACAAUCUAAUGAACGACGCUUGGUGCGAAUUUCAAAUAGACAUUGCAUUGUUGAAUAAAGUUGAGACAAGAGGAAGAAAGAAUAUAUUUCUUGUAAUUCUGACGGAUAUGGAUUUGGAAUCUGUGAGUAAAUCUUGGUGUGUUCUUUUAACAAAGAAGGGUAACGGUAAAUGGUGUGAGACAGAAAAUAGCAUUCGUAGAAAAGUAUUUGUAGAGGACAUGAAAGCGACAUUGGGAAAACCAUUGUCUGAUUGUUGAAUAGCACAAAAAUUCUAAACUUUAUCAUAAGUAGGUGAAAUUCAAAACUUUUAAGUAAUAUAAACUCUUUAGAGACAAACAUUUAUGUACCUUGUCACUUCCAAAUACCUCAUUCUGAAAAACUCAAUUAUAAAAAGUUCAAAGUUUAAAAUUAAUAGAUAUUCUUGAUAGAAAAUUGUGUGCAUCUUUUAUCGAUUGUUCUGUUUUCAUUUUCCUGCAUCAAUAAUAUGUUUCUUUGAUAUUGUGUUUCUUUUCUUGUUGAAUUGAAAAGUUCGCAUUCAAAAUUAAUGCUUCUAUGCCCAUCUUGUGAAUUUGUUUGUAUAUAAUAUAUGUAUGUAUGUACCUUGGUGAAUUAUUGAUAUUAGAAGAAAAUGGAAUAGCGAAAAAUAUGCUUAAUUAAUAUAUGAGAAUUUGAAACUGAGCAGUAUCGUUUUUUAUUAUUUUAUAAUAUAUGUGUAUAAUUAUUCAACGCCUGUGUCAUAAUGAAUGAUGUACAUAAAUGUUGCAUAAAUACAUGACUGCGUUUUUUGUUUGAUAAUUGCGAUAUAACGCAUACAAGCAUUGGUUAUCAGAAGUCGAACGUCACGAUUGAGUUAUACGCAUAGUUUAUAAUUAUACUUUUAAUAAACGUGGUCGACAUUACUUUGUUAUACAAGUAAGUGUUAAUGGUUGUGGGCUACUGAAUAACAGUAUAGGCCGUAAAAAUGUAUGUCAAGUGUUAAGAAGCUUAUAAUUUCCUUAAAAUAAUGUAUAAUUUUCUUAAAGUGACUGUUUCAUGGUUUGUAAGAUGCAAUAUUAACCGAUUUCUUUUUAUUACGAAAUAAAGUGUGGUAAAUCUUAAGGAGGGUUAAAACUAAGAUUGUGGCGAUAGGAGUACUUCAUCAAAUGUAAUUGAUAUAUGCCCAAAUAUUGCCUUUGAUGUCCACGAUUUUUUAUUGUUUUCUUGACGACUGGCAUGGGUUCGCUCCCUACUACAAGGUUGUUUAUACGUUUUGUAUCUGUUGUUUUUGCACUUCGGUAUCAAAGAGUAAAACUUUUAUAAUUACCGGGAACUCAUUGUUGGUGCCAUAACAUGAGCGAGUCUCUUUGGGGAUGUUUCUGAAAUACGGUCCAAGAUGUACCACAGCAUAUUACCAUGAUACAGCAAGACACAAUCAUAGUACACCAAUACAUAAGUCUGGUCCUUGCAAUAUAACUGAAUAUUAUAGAGGCAUUUCUAUAACGAACACAAUAUAAAGUUUUCUCCGGUGUAAUUAAUAAACGAUUGUAUGACUGGGCCGAAAAAUCAGAAAAUUUAUGAAUCUCAGGCUGACUUUCGUCGGGGUUAUUCAGCUGUUGACAAUGUUUUUUGUCUACUAGCAAUGACUCAAAAAUACCUUUCCAAGAAAGGUGACCGUUUUUAUUGUUUGUAUGUCGAUUUCCGUAAGGCAUUUGAUAAAGUUAACCAUGUUAAGUUGUUUUCAUCCUUAGAAAGAAAAGAUGUGUUUGGAAAAUUCUUAAGAGUUAUGAAAUCAAUGUAUUCUUGUCUAACCUCUUGUGUCAAAGUCUCAAAUAGUGUCACGGAGUCAUUUGCCUGUAACAUUGGUACUAGACAAGGGGAUAAGUCAAGUUCAACAAUAUUUGCUCUAUUUAAAUACGAGUUAUCGUCUAUUUUAAGGCUAAAUUGUGGUUCAGGCAUUUUUAUAACUAAUGAUAUUCCAGACAUUAUAUGUUUAAUGUUUGCUGAUGAUGUUGCCAAUUGCGCUGAAACUGCAAUUAAGUUACAACAACAGGUAAACGCAGUCGAUCAAUUUUGUUUUAAUACUUAAAUAAAAAAAAAAUCUUGAUAAAACUGAAAUCAUUGUAUUCCGUAAUGGUGGUCCUCUACGAGCAUAUGAAAAAUGGUUAUAUCGAGGGCAGUCAAUUAAAACUACUUCUGUAUACAAAUAUAUGGGAUUGUUAUUUACUCCACAGUUGUCCUGGAGUUCAGCUCAUGUUAAACUAGCUUCUCAGGCACAAAAGGCGAUUUUUGCUUUGAAAAACUAUCAAAAACCGUUUUGGUUUUCAAGAUUUUUGAUACUAUGAUUAAGCCAAUACUAUGUUAUGGCUCCCAAGUAUGGGGAUAUGAGUAUAGCCAAACCAUUGAAAUGAUUCAAAAUAAAUUUUGUAGACAAUUUUUACAUGUAAGAAAAACUACGAAUACGUGUAUGGUUUUACGAAACUGUGGAAGAUUACCAUUAUGUAUAACAUAUUUUACAAAUUGUAUAAGGUAUUGGUGUAAAUUGUUAGAAUGUUUAGAGACAGGAUAAUUGACUGUUUUACUCAAACUUGGCACGAUCAUGUGAGUAAUGCCAGCCGAUGUUACCACUUUAAGAGUUUGCUUAACAUCGAACGAUAUUUAUUGAUAGAGAUGCCACUAAAACAUAAAACUACAUAUGCUAAAUUUAGAUGUUCUAAUCAUGAUUUGCAUAUUGAACUUGGAAGGCAAUUAAGCAUUGCUUUGCAUGAUCGAUUAUGCAAUUUCUGUCUACUGAACUAUAAUAUAUCUGAAAUUGAUUGUGAAUACCAUGCCUUUUUUCGUUGUAAAAAAUAUACAUAUAUAAGGAACCAAUAUUUGUUAAAUUGGUAUGAAUCUGGUGAUGAACUGAAUAGUUUGUAUGCCCUACUAUCCACAAAUGACUUUAACACAACAAGAAAAUUAGGAGUGUACAUAUUUCAUCUUAUGAAUUGUAUCAAGGAAUAAAAAUAGUUACUCUUUUUGUGCACUUUUUCAUCUCAUGUAUAUAAAUGUACUGUGACACAACUUAAAGCAUUAAGUAUGAUGUUUACUAUUUUGAAAUGUGUUUUGGGCCGGAGGCCUUUAUUUACAAAAUAAACUCGUGACUUGA